AGAAGUUCAUUUCCGGUUAAAUGGAGGCGCAGUGCUGUUUCGGAAAGGUACUCAUUAUUCAAUCACUAGUCUCCGAAACCCAACAUGUGGCACGAGGCAAGGAAGCAGGAGAAGAAGAUCCGGGGGUUGAUGGUAGAUUACAAGAAAAGAGCAGAAAGGAGAAGAGAAUUUUAUGAAAAAAUUAAACUAGAUCCUACCCAGUUUUUGCGAAUCUACGGAAGGCCAUGCAAGAUAAACCUGGACCAGGCGGUGGCUAUAGCUGCUGAAUCUCCACAGAGCAUGAUGCCAUGGCAGGGACAGACAGAUAACAUGAUUGACCGAUUUGACGUCCGAGCCCAUCUGGACUAUCUACCACAUUUCAAUAUAGCUGCUCCUCCUACACUCACUAGACAUGAAGAAGAGGAAGAAAGGCUGUGUUGCUAUGAAAGAUACAGAACCCUUAUUGAAAACGAAUGUUCAGCAUUGACAGAGGAACAAUGUCUGCAGCAGAUAGCUGUUGAUGAACAGUUUGGUGCAGCAAACAGAUCAUUUCAAAUUGAAGAAGAAAAGAAAAAACUUUCAGGGAAGAAGGCUGCAAUAGGUUAUACAUACACGGACAGUACCCCAGCCCCGGAGGAGCCGGACGACGCGGAGAACGACAGCGAUGAGAGCAGCGACACUGAUGUAGAAGUAGCUGACUUAGAUAUCACCCUUGAUGUUGAUACGCUGAACUCGGAACAGUUAACCAUGUUGAAUCAGUGUGCUCAGCUGUUUGGUAUGAAGGAAGAAGAUUACACGAGGCUUUUGUCUAAAGAUAAGGAGGAAAUUGAAGCAUUAAGACAGGCUAAGAUGCUUGAAGAGGAAAAGGCACAAUUUGCAGGUCGGAAAUCGAGGAGAGAGAGGAGAGCGUAUAAGGAAAAACGAUUGGCCGGCCGAAAACUGAGUCCACCAAGUUACGCUGCUCGAGAUAGUCCCAAGUAUGAGCCCUACAGAAAAAGGUCAUCGUCUUCAUCAAAAUCAAGGUCCCGUUCUCGCUCGAAGUCCCCAGAGGCUGGAGGGAAGGUGAUGUUUAUCACCAGUUUUGGUGCAGACAGUGAGGAGGAGGGAGCCAUUCAUGGUCCAGCACUUCCACCUAAACUUAACACAGAGAACAACGGCAAACCUGAGACUAAAAAGUCACCAUCAUGUGAAAAGAGGUCUGACAAAAAAGGUGAAAAGGACAGAAACUGGAGGUCAAGGUCAAAAUCACCCCGAACAAGGUCACCACAGCGAUAUAGCAGUCACAGCUCCAGGACUCCAAGAAAGAGGUCACGAUCACGUUCAAGGUCCAGAGACCAUGAUCGUGACAGAGAUAGAGAUCGCGGUGGUUAUCAAGGAAGGGGCCGUUAUGGACCUCCGCCCAGAGCUGGCUGGCGUAGUAGGGAUUGUGACAGUCGGGAUUAUAGGGAUAGUCGUGACUAUAGGGAUAACAGGGAUCGUGGUUAUAGGGAUAAAAAUGACAACAGGGAUAUUCGUGACAGCCGUGACAACAGAGAUCGGGAUGGCAGGGAUGUUCGCGACAACAGGGAUAGAGAUGGCCGGGAUUAUAGAAAUGUACGUGACAACAGGGAUAGGGAUGGACGUGAUUCCCGAGAUAAUCGGGAUCAUCGGGAAAACCGGGAUGGCUCUGACAGCAGAAAUAGGAGGUACCCAUCACCCCCUAAAAGCUCUUCCUUGAAAAGGAGAAGGUCAAGUAGUAGUUCCUCAUCCAAAUCAAGGUCAAGAAAGUCCAGAUCAAGGUCAAGAAAGUCCAGAUCAAGGUCAAGAAAGUCAAGGUCAAGGUCACGAAAAUCUAGGUCAUUGUCACGAUCAAGAAGAUCUGUGUCAAGAUCUUCAUCACGCUCGUCAAGUUCAUCUUCCUUCUCCAGCAACAAAUCAUCAGUGUCAAGGUCAGAUACAUCAAAAUCAAAGUCAAAGUCCACCUCACCAGUACAGUUCAAACCAGAUCCAGUGAUAAAGCGAUAUCGCCGUGAAAGUCUGUCGUCCAAAUCAAGUGACAGCGAAUCAGAUGGGGAGAAAGAGAGUAAGACCGGUAAAACUUCCAGGGCCCCUGCUGUACCUGUGGUCGGUAAACUGACAUCUGCAGUUCCUCAACUAUCAGCCCGUGACAAGCUAAAGAAAAAAAUGCAGGCAGCUUUAAAUCGACAAUACAAAGCAGACAAGAAAGCUGAGGUCCAGAGGCUUGAGAAAGUGGAACGCGAAAGGGUGGACAGAGAAGAGGAGCUUCGUCUACGAGCGUUGGAGAUGCGACGCAAGGAAAGAGAGCGUCGACACCGCGAGCGAGAGAAAGACAACAGCAGCAGUGAUGAGAAGCCAGUACCAUCACCAGUAUCAAGGAAGCAUCACUCUAGCAGUCGCAGCCCUUCCCCCAAACCCAUCAACAGACACAGGAAACGCAGGUCAAGAUCGAGGUCAAGGUCACCGGAACGUAAUAAUAAACUGGUGUCCUACUGAAUGGAGUAAGGUUGCCUACAACAAACAUUUAAACGUGUUUCUGCUCAUGGUGGUGAUGAUUAGGACCUGGUCCAUCAAUAAACAUACCUGUUCCUGCCUAUAUUGUUGGUAAUCUAGGUAUAUACGGUUAACACCCUGGCCUCUGAUGGGACGACUGUCACAGUGCCAACAGUAAACACCAGGAUCUGUUCCUGCCUAUAUUGUUGGUAAUCUAGGUAUAUAAGGUUAACACCCAGACCUCUGAUGGGACGACUGACACAGUGCUCACAGUGAACACCAGGAUCUGUUCCUACCUAUAUUGUUGGUAAUCUAGGUAUAUACGGUUAACACCCCGACCUCUGAUGGGACGACUGACACAGUGCUCACAGUAAACCCCAGGAUCUGUUCCUGCCUAUAUUGUUGGUAAUCUAGGUAUAUACGGUUAACACCCAGGCCUCUGAUGGGACGACUGACACAGUGCUCACAGUAAACACCAGGAUCUGUUCCUACUUGUUAUUGGUGGACAGAGUGUACAGGAUCCCAACCACCCUGACCAUGUUAUAACAGUGACUGGAGGUGUCAGUACUUGAACAAGGCAACAUCUUAUCCUUCAGUUAACAUCAUGACUGCUUUUCACAAAGUGAGACGUGUCUGGAAUAUUGAAGACUUCAGUGCCUAAAACGACCAGGUCAUUACAACAGGGAUCAGUAGUUUCACUAAACAGAUACCAGGAGGAUACCAUGUUUCCCUAACAGGGAUCAGUAGUGUCACUAAACAGAUACCAAGAGGAUACCAUGUUUCCCUAACAGGGAUCAGUAGUUUCACUAAACAGAUACCAGGAGGAUUCCAUGUUUCCCUAACAGGGAUCAGUAGUGUCAAUAAACAGAUACCAGGAGGAUACCAUGUUUCCCUAACAGGGAUCAGUAGUGUCACUAAACAGAUACCAGGAGGAUACCAUGUUUCCCUAACAGGUGUCAGUAGUGUCACUAAACAGAUACCAGAAGGAUACCAUGUUUCCCUAACAGGGAUCAGUAGUGUCACUAAACAGAUACCAGGAGGAUACCUUGCUUCCCUAAGUUUUGAAGUGACCACUGAUCUUUUAUAUCUAAAGAACUUAUUGUCCUGCUUUUCCUGUUAUGACUAUAAAUUUUUAGGCUAUGCUAUUUCUAUGUGUUCAUGCAGGAAAAGUCUUUGUUGAGGUGAGAGAAGGUUUACAAGAACCUUGAUGUGUACAAAAAGUAAAUAAAUCCUUAAUUAACCCUUUCACCCCUAUGUAACUAUAGUAGACUCUACCAUGCAUUGAUCUGGAUGAGUCCAUUAUGGUCUACAGUGGUGAAAGGGUUAAAUGAACUGUGUAGUCAAUAUAGGGGUGAUGAUAGUUAGACUAAAAUGUGUGAAGCUAACUAUCAGUCAAAUUAGUUUAUAUACAGCUACUGGUAUAUUUGACCGUACAAAUGAAUAUAUUUGUUAGUUAAUAGGAAAAAUUAACUUUUCUGGGUUUUUUUUGUACAGUGUACAUGUACCCAUAAUGACAAAAAUGUUUUCUCAUCAAAAGAUUUUUCUUUUCUUUUCCGUGCCAUAUUCUUAUGACAUCAUACUUAGAAACAAGACUACUUCAUGCUAUUUCAAAUGGACUACUCAUUUAAUUCUAUUGUUUCCUGCUUGUUAAAUGCUAACAAAAUACUAUCAGUUGUGUUGUUUAGUAAAUAUCUAUGUGUGGUUAUGGUGUACCAAAACAACCACUAAUUCUACAACUGCUUCCACCAUAAACAGAAAAUCUGUGGAUUUGAAUAAUGAUUCAAAAGUAGGGUUUGGUGACAGUUGUCACUUUUUAUAUCUGUCAGAAUGUGAAAAAUUGCAUUUUUAUCAAGUAAAAUUCAAUAUCUCAAAAAGGUAAUAAUUUUUGUUCCUGUUAUGUACAUUUGUUAUUACAUGUUAGAACAAUAUCGACCAUUGAAAAAGUAUCCAAUAUCAUGCCCGUGUUUUUAUUGCUAAUCUCGGAGUAUUUUUGUCCGUUAUUCAUGUUGAAGGUACCAUGUUUGACCACCUGUAUGGUGUUUGACGUAUUUAGCAGCCAGUAUUCACCCUCUCCACAUAAUACUGCUAUAAAUAAAUCAGUGAAAUCAUCUACAAAUCACGUUCAUCCAACAUCUGUUGUGUAGCAGUCUACACAAAUUCUAGUUUACAAAUCCCGUUCAUCCAACAUCUGUUGUGUAGCAGUCUACACAAAUUCUAGUUAACGAACAGUUCAUAUUAGCACCCAUGCUUUUUUUUUUGCAAUUUUCAUGCCCCGGGCCAUGUUUGGUCAAUUAUGGCCAUUCCCAGGGUAGUAGUUUGUUAAUCUGUUACAUUGGUGUUUUGUAGAAAUACUAGGAUCUUUUACGGAGACACCUUCUCAGUCCUUAAUUCAAAGCAACAAAAUUUGGAGAUUUUAUGUUAUUGCUAACUCUGUGUAUAUGUAUAUGAAUUAAAAAUAAACAUUAUCAAAAAAUU